UACUUUUUGAUUCCUUUAAACACAAUCAUUCAUCAUUUUCAAUUCAACAAGAAGGGCUCGCUUCUUCCCAACCGGGCUCCCCCUUCCUCUACCCUUCCUGCCCUCCCUUCUUUCCGCAAAGUCACAAUGAUGUCCCGCGCGUUCGGUAGCAGCUCGGCGCGGUUCUCGGACAACUUUCGGUGUUUCCCGGUCGCAAUGCUCGCGGCCAAGUCCGUCUCGAUGACCCAGGAACUCGAAACGGGCGGCAAAAUCAUUCUGCCUCCGUCAGCACUCGAUCGCCUGACGCGCCUCAACAUCUCAUACCCCAUGCUGUUUGAGAUCUCAGAGUACGACGAAGUUCUGUCCAGAGACCACCCCGACGCGCCCGCAGUGGGCAAAGUCACGCAUGCCGGCGUGCUCGAAUUCAUCGCCGAGCCGGGCCGCGUCUACAUGCCAUACUGGCUGAUGACCAACCUCGGCAUCUCGGAAGGCUCCCUUGUGCGCAUCCGGUCGGCCACCCUCGACCCAUGCUCAUACACCAAGUUCCAGUGGCAGGACGCCGAAUUCAUGGAGAUUUCCAAUCCCAAAGCCGUCCUCGAAAAGACGCUGCGAAAGUUUGCCUGCUUGACACUCGGCGACACGAUCGCCAUGCACUACAACAACAAGAUUUACGAACUGCGCGUCACAGAUCUCAAGCCCAAGUCUGCCGUGUCCAUCAUUGAGUGCGACAUGCAAGUGGACUUUGAAGCUCCGCCACACUACGUCGAACCUGAUUACAAGGCCCAGUCUGCAGCAGCCAAGCAAGUAGCCGAGAAUCAAGUUCUUCAGCGUGCGUCGUUGAGUCAGUCUCCCGCUGGACAGACGAUGCUCUCCUUGCCGGAAGAAGAGUUUUCGGCGCGUUUCAAGGCGUUCUCAGGGUCUGGUGCUCGACUUGACGGCAAGCAACGAAACUCGCCCUUGUCUUCGUCCCCUGGUCUCGGCUUUGGCGCUGGCUCCUCUCCCUCUCGCGCCACUCCCGUCUCACGGAACAGUGCCAUGUCUCCUGGCGGCACUGGCGCUUCUACCCCUGUCCCAGAUACCCCUCCAAGCGCACCCACAGGAAUUGUUUGGAAAAAGAACCGAAUUACGUUUGUUCGAGUCGUGCCUUCUCCAGUCGCGGGCGCCGCUCCUGCUGCCAACGCCAACGGCGCUGCCGUUGCGACAGGACCUCAGUUUGCUGCCUUUGGAGGAAAAGGGAAUACCUUGCGGAAAAACUAACCUUUCGUUUUUCGUGUGCAACGCAUCGAGCACAUUGACGUUCAUUCAUUGUUUUUGUCAGAAUGGAUACGGUAUUUUCAAGUUUUUCAAAUUCAACAGAAUACAGAGCCCCAAAAAGAAAAAAAAAAUACAAAGCCACACGGAAC